AUGGUGGCGUGGGGGAGCAUGGAAGUCAUGUUGGCCGCGAGUGGCACCGUCCUUGUGCAGCACCGGUUGCGUCACGAGCAGGAUGUGGGUCGUGCACUUGAGGCGACGUGGGACGUCGCGGAGUACCUCGUGGGGUGGCUACCAGUAUUGGUUGAGUACUUGGCGUAUGUGUAUUUGCGUGACGGCCAUGCUGCGCGUGUCGUGGAGGGGUGUGCAGGGCACGAGGUGUUGGAGCGAGCCGUUGCGGCAGCGGAGCGUAGCCUUUCGCUAUGCCGCGUUGCAUCCGCUCUGCUAGAGGCUGUCAACCGGUUGUCAGACACACAAGGAUGGCAGCAAAGCAGGCGCUCUGCAUUCGGUGUCAUAGGAUGGCAUGAGGUGUUGGAGCGAGGCGUUGCGGCAGCGGAGCGCAGCCUUUCGCUAUGCCGGCAGCUUGGAUAG